AUGGACGGCGAGAUUGAGUUAGAAGAUCGGGGAGUGCGGACAUCAGGACGGCGCGGCGCCAAGUUCGGCUCGGCGCCUCUAGGCCGCCUCGAGCCUGUCAAAGAACAGCUCGCGGUCCAGGUCGGCCGUGACGGCGACGACGAAUGUGUUCGUAAGAUCGAUAUGCGGUUCCUCUCGGUCGUUGUUUUGGAUGCCUCCAGUAAUUCCAGCUCUGGCAGAAACCAGCACGGUUGCGGCCCAGGAGGCAUGACCUCGGCCACGGCAUGUAUCCCGGAGUUUCCGGUGCGGCGGACGUCGUGA